AUGCAUUUUUCAGGUUAUUCUGGAUAUGCAUUACGCCCUUGGUUAUUAACACCUUUUAAUAAUCCAGUUGCUGAUGUUGGGCAGUACUAUAAUAAAAUGCAAAUGUCAACUCGAAGUAUCAUAGAAAGAUGCAACGGGGUUCUUAAAAUGAGAUAUAGAUGUCUUCUUAAACAUAGAUUUCUUCAUUAUCACCCAGAAAAAUGCACUAAAAUUAUAAAUGCUUGCACAGUAUUACAUAAUAUAUGUAUAACAAACAAUGUACCAUUGCCAGUAGAAGAAGAGCCAAUAGACAUUGAUAUGGGUAUAAUUCAACAACAAGGUGGUCCAAUUAUUGAUCAGCGUUUUGCAGGCAAUGAUUUGGUCCAAGGUAGACAAGUACGUUCAAUAGUUGCAAAUUAUUUACAAAGAAACAGAUUGCAUUUAUAA